AUGGAGCAAUCGAGUGCUCUGUCUUCGCAUAGCCCGCGUUGCUUUGCCUCUAAACCUCAGCCUCAGCCUCAGCCUCAGCCUCAGCCAGAGACGGCCUCUCAAUCCGCCGCGAGGCUGCUGUUCAAGUCACACUGGAAACUCAACACAGAAACAGCCCGCGAGGAGCCCAGAUUACGGAGGCUCCUCGGCCACAUAUCGGUCUACGACCAAACACGGAUAUUUGCACAAGCACAAGCACCUACACAGCCGUCAGCGGAAUCAAGGCCAGAACCAAACGAGCUGUCCGUCUAUAUCCAACACCAAGUGCCUUCGUUCAAAGAAUUUCAAGCCGCCCUCGAAGCCCAACUGGAAACUCUCGCACAAAUCAGAGCAGCGGCCAUACAGUACAACAACGCCGAGGAGUACGACAGCGACGAAGGAGAGGACGGUGACAGCGACUACGACAGCUGUGAUGGAGACUGGUCGGAUGAUGAGGACACGUCCGCCGAGAGCGACGACAGCUGCACCGACUACGAGAGCGAGGGCCAACGGUCCGAGUGCUCGAGUCCCACAUUCGACUCGGCGCACGCCAAGUACGCCCAGGAAGACGAGGACGAUGAUGUCUGGGCCAUCCGGCCUCUUAUACCCCUUGUGACCAACCGCCCAGCAGACUCGGGAUAG